AUUCAAGCGUGCACGAGAUCUUGUCUGAUGUAAACGAGAUUUAAAGGGGCCAAAACAUGAUUCACACAUGUUUAACUAGUCACAUCUACAUAAACUGAUGUUUUGACUCGCAUGCAUGUUUUGACCAGGUGUGAGAAGGAUUCUUGAUUGCAGACAUCAACCGAAAUAAAUUCCCAUUCAGUCCACGAUGGACGUGCUACCGAGCGGGAAUAUUUUCCGUGAAUUACAAGUCGUGCACGACACGGGCUAUUUUUCUGCACAGCCAUCUCUUGAGGAUAGAUGGCAACAGAACUGCCUGGAAAUGGAAAGAUACCUGAAAAGUGAACCCAAACUAACAUCCUUCAAGAAGCUGAACCCAGAGGCAGCAGAGAUGGACCGAUGCUGGGAGAAUGGACAGCCCUCUCUAGGGAGGUUAACCCCAGAGGCCAAACUGGACAUCAAGGAGGAGCCCGAUGACAUCAUUCCGGAACCGUGUGAUGAGUUUUACGAGGAUGAUGAAGAUGAGGAUGAAGAAGACGGGAAUGAGACGGAAACCGAAGCCGACGAUAGACUAGAACAGCUAGCGUACUUAGACCUCAAUGAUAGGACCUCAUGUGAUACACUUAGUUUGAGUAGUUUUAAUUCACAGUCCUCAGGUGUCUCAUGGGAUAGCAACAACAGCGAUCCCCCAUUAUCACCCAUCAUGCCUAAAUCAAAUGACCCAUUUGCAUUAAGACUUGUCGCACAGCCGGGGCGUACCACAACAGUAGCAGUCCGUGUGCCCUCUGCUGAUCUCAUGCAAAGGCAGCCCUACUCUUAUGUGUCUACGUCACAGAAUGGUCGCAUGCGUCCCUACACCGCCCAGCCCAUCCAGCAGCGACCCCCAGUGCCUCUGAACGGACAGAAAAUCCGAACGGAUGUCAGUCCUGACAUGAGACGUAGAAAUCACAAGUGCCCGUACAAUGGUUGUAAAAAAGUAUACACAAAGAGUUCUCAUCUCAAAGCUCAUCUAAGGACACACACAGGAGAGAAGCCAUACAAGUGCUCAUGGGAAGGGUGUGAAUGGCGCUUCGCUAGAUCUGAUGAACUAACUAGACACUAUCGCAAACACACGGGAGCAAAACCGUUCCGGUGCAAAGUGUGCGAACGAUGUUUUUCGAGAUCUGACCAUCUCGCUCUUCACAUGAAAAGACACCAGACAGCUGACUUAUAGCAACAGUGGUCUUAGCCGUUAACAAAUUAAUUUUACACCAAAAAAACAAACCAUGAUUCCAAUUUAUAUAUUGUGAUGUCUUGUGUAACGUUAUCAUUCAUAUGUUUGAAAACCUAUCCUUUUUUCAAGUGUAUGUAUGUCCAUUGUUUGUUGCAAAUUAUUUUCAGGGUAUUGCCUAAUGCACAAGUGCUUAAUUGUUGAAUACAGUUUGACAUGUAAUUUUUUUUUCAAAUUGUCUAAAACGUAAUUUUUAUGGCCCCAAAGUGCUUCUUGUGAACAAAUUUGAAUCUUUAAUUUUGAAAAAUGAUGUUUUGAAAGAGAUCUGUUUUUUUUAUUUAAGUCGUUGAAAUAAAUUAGUACUUAAAUUCUUCAGCUGAAUUAGAAUUCAUAAGUGGCACAGUGCAGGUAAACUCUGUCUUUUAAUGUUGUCACAUAUGAAACAGGUGUUCUUGAUAAAUUACAUGACACAAUGAAAAAUGUUACAUAAUACCAAAAAUCUGCAUUAUGUGAAAGUUUUGGAAAUAACAUUGCAUUAAUUAUUAGGCCAAGCAAAUAGAGAUGUUUUUCACUCCUUUGUAAAGUUUAUAUGUGUUCAAAAUCUUAAUGAAUUUGUUAAUCAAGCCUCUUGCAUUGCCAACCCAAGUAUUUAUAUUCUUCCAGUUUUAUGAAAACCUCUCUUUACCCAUCUUAAACCCCCCAACAUCUUAAGUUUAGAAUAAUUUGAAUCAGGAACAACUUUUCAUUUGCUUGGCCUUUCUUUGUCUUCUUUCAUGAAAGUCCCAAUCUAAGUCCCUGGUCGUGACCCUGCCUACGCAGUUCGCUCAGGUCAUGACCUCUUUUCAUUCUUCAUAUUCAUUUAGAUCCCCUCCCCAAAGGUCAGUAAGUUGAUCCAUUUGCUGUGGAACACUCUUGGAUGGUUUUUUCACCCUAGGUAGUGGUUUUGGUAGCAAUGGCUGUAGAAAAAUACACGAAGGAAUCAUAAAUUCAUGCUAUUCAUUUAAGCACUAUAUAGUUUUAUUAUAAAAGUAUUCUUUAUUUACCUUCAUAUAUUUUUUAAGGUAAUCAUAUUUAUUAGGUUUUCAUAUAAUAUAGUUAUAUCAAUUGCUUUUCUGUGUUAACAUGACUGGGGUAAAAAGAUUUUUACUAAUAUAUAUAUAAAAUCAUUAUUUUUUUCACCAAAUGAAAAGUCUCACAGAGGUUUUAGACCUAGUCUAUUAUUUUGUGUUUGUGUGUAUUCCUAGCUCAUUUGUGCUUAUCAUUUCUCUUGAUUUUGAAAUUUUAAUGCAAAUUCUACUUCAGUGCUUCUAAAGUUCUUUUUUUAUAUAUUGGUUUAUUCUUGCAUUCAAACAUGUUUUCAUUUUUUUCAUCUUAUCAAAUUUAUCAUGAUUUAUUUAAAAAAUCUGUUUUUGUGUGUGUGCUGAAAAAAAAGGUCAUGCACCAAGGGCACGUAUAGGAUUAUACAAAUCAGCUUGUCAAAUUGAUCUUGUUAAUUUGUUGUUUUGCCUGUUGUUAAGCUGGCAUUUUUUCUGUGAUAUUUUUUUUUCCAUUGUAUAUAUAUAUUUGAUGUAUAUUAUAUAUGUACACACCUUGCCUUAAAUGUUGGUGAUAUGUUAAAAAAAACAUGCUGUAAGGACGAAAUGCAUGCAAACACAAAAACAAACCAUAUUGAGACUAUCUAUCUCUGUAUUGUUUUGCUAUUUUGUGUAUCUGGAUAUAAAAUUUAUCAGUGGUGUUUCACUUCCAACACAAUUCUAAUUGUAUGCUAAUUGAUAAUGAGACUCUUUUUCUUCUACUAUUGUGAUCUGAACAUGUAGCUCUUUUCUUUGGAAAAGUAAUUUUUUGAGUACCAUGCUUGAUUAUUUAAGUUCUUGGUGACCUGUUUGGAAUUUAUUUAUGUUGCAUGUACCAAGGAAAAAACUUUACCACAAUUUGCAUGUCUGUCCUACACAUCCUUAAUCUGAUCAGAAAAAGCUAUGCUCCAAUAAAUUUUCAAACCAUUUUAAAAAUAACGUUUCAGAUACAUAUAAUUGCCAGGCAGUACUAAAAUGUAUUCUUUGAUUUAUUAAAUGAUCCAUUUAGGAAUGUAAAUGCCUAAAUGGCAUAUGUAUCAAGAACCCCCUUGCCCCAAUCUAUAUUUUGGAGUUGGUUGGUUGAUGGGGUCAAUAUAGUCAAGGCAAUGCUAAAAAUCUAUGUGCUUGUCCUCCAAAUGUCUAUGAGAGAGAGAGAAAGAAAGAGAAUGAAUCUCCAAUAUAGAUCUGAUAUUUAUGCAGUAAAGUUCCUUGAACUAAUACUAUGUAACAUUUUGUUGGUUUUUUUUCUCCAUGACCCAAAUGCUGUCUUUAAUUGGCAACUUGCGGUACAGUUUAUCUUUUAUUUGAAUCGUUGUGUUUUGUUCACCUUAAUAAUAGCAAGAAAACUGGUAUUCUUUGGUUUAUGGUAAAAAGGCAAAUACUUGUCAGUGAAAUUGUCAUUUCCAAUUUUUUAUGCCACAGGUAUUCAUUUCGCCAUUGGAAAUGACUCUUUUAAUUGCCUUCUAAUCAUGGAAAAUAAGAUGUACUGCCCUUUAGUAUUGAUAAAUGGGAAUUGUAAGUCCCAUAUUUCUAGAUGCUUUUUUUUCCAUAUCAGAUAUGUACAUUUGUUUUCUUUGAAAUUGAAACAAUAUUUAGGUUAUAUUGAUCAUUAAUUGGUGUCAGUUCUCAAAAAUUUCUUUUUGAGAUCAAUUUUAAAAUGAAGAUUUUUAAGACUGAUAUGCAAACUAAAAAAAAUUAGAAUUUUUUCUUUGAUUAUUAUAAUUUAGUACUUUAAGUUCAAACUUUCAGGCUUUGGUGGGUGUAGUGCAAUCUUUUUUUUUUAAUGUAAAUUAUGCAGAUCAAAGUUACAGUGGGAAAAUAGUUGGAAUUGCGUAAAUUAAGGUUAUAUGUAGAAAUCAUUCAACAUUAAAUUCAGUCUGAGAUUUGUUUAGCUAAUAAUUUCAGGAAAAUGUUUUACUCUUGCUUUUCAUUUUUGUUCAGUUCAAUGUACACAAUUCUAGGAUUUUUUUUUAUUUUCUUAUGAACAAAAACAUAACUUCCCAAAAAACUGAUUUUUUUCUCAUAACAGCCAGUGCUUUGUUAUUACAGUGCAAUAUUUUAUUAUGAACAAAAUUUAGUAUUUUUAGGGCUUUUUCAUUUCAAUUUGAUUUUGGGGGGCAACUUUUUGUGAGGUAGAUGUCUAUUAUAAUCAAUUUUAAGAUUACCAGUGCAUGUAUGUUAUAUUUUUUGCUGUGACUAUUUCAAUAUGCAAUUUAUUGUACACCAUGAAAAAUGUUUGGAAGUGGAUGUUAGCAUGCAGUUAAUUAAUCCAAAGGACUGGUUAUCAAGGAAAUUAGGACACUUGGAGGAUAUUUAGAAUGUAUUCUACAUUAAUACGUUUAUUUCAUAUACAUGAUUUUGAAAAAAGAAUAGUGUGUUUUGUACAUGUAUCUCUACAUAUUGUAUACAAAUGUUGUACAUAACCACAGACAUCAAAUUAUAUAUAUUUACAAAG